AUGACCGCUUUGAUCGAAACCGGCGGGAUGAAGGACGCGGCUAUCGUCGAUCCCGCAGCCCAGAUACGGGAAGAUAGUCGUGACCGUGGCGUGAUUCGACGUUCGAGAUCGGGUACCCGUGAGCCAUCUAAACCAUCAACCCCCGCACCCGCGCCCGCCGCGCAGACAGACGAGCAGAAGAAAGCCGAGCGACUUGCUAAGCUACAAGCAUGGAAAGAGAAGCAAGCGGCGGAGCGAGAACGCAAACAACGCGAGCAAGCUGCUGCCGGUCCUCGAGAGAUUUUGGACGCGAUUGAUCGAAAAUCAGUUGCUUCCCCCGCUGUUGGAUCGCCUCAAACAUCCGCCACCCCUGUUGAUUCCCCCGCCCCAACUCCAUACCCUGGGAAAUUCGACCCGAAGGCAAUUGCAAAGAAUGCGACGAACUCAUCGGCAUCACCGGCUGUGCUUGGAAUCGAUGUGCCUGUUCCUGGCGCUGCACAGGCUCCGACAAAACCCUCAAAACUCCCAUCCGUCCCAGCCCCCGCCUCUGCUCCCUUGAAGCCGAAAGGAAAUGUCAGCGGAUUCGGACUGGGAGCGAAGCAGGCUUCUGAUAAGGACAAAUCAACAGCCACUCGGACAUUGGGCUUCGAUGAGGAGGAAACUACACGCAAGAAGCUUGAGAGACUUCCUACCCCACCGUUGGAUGAUGGCAAGGAUAAUGGAGUGGAGGACGCCGCUGACGAUGAUGUCGAUAUGCAAGAUGACGAGACGGAAGAAGAUGCGGCUGCUGCUGCGCGUGCGGCGGCAGAACGACGAGAAGAGCGCUUGCAGAGUGCCAUUCAGUCAGAGGGCGAUGGCAAGUCUGAAUCCCAAACAAAUGGUGAUGUUCAGAUGACAGACGCAGCAGUGCAGCCAGCCGAACCGGAAAGUAACCAGAUGGAUGUAGACGAGGAAGAGGACCCCUUGGAUGCGUUCAUGUCAGGCUUAACGGAAAUGGCACCACCUAAGAAGAAAACAUUUGGGUCGAAGUUCUACAAGAAGAAAGAGCAACAGCAACCUCAAGCAAUGUUCGGUGACGAGGAAGACGUUACCAUCACAGCUGUCGGAGAAGAUGACGCUGGUGAUGUCCUAGCCAUUGCCAAUAAAAAGAAGAAGAAGGAGAUUCCUGCCAUUGACCAUGCAAAGGUCGAGUAUGAGUCCUUUAGAAAAAAGUUCUAUCACGAGCCAUCCGAUCUUGCAGGAAUGAGCGAGGAAGAGGCUGCUAACUUGCGACUUGAACUGGAUGGAAUCAAGGUUCGGGGUUCAGACAUCCCCAAACCAGUUCAGAAAUGGGCACAGUGCGGUCUGGGUGUUCAGACGCUUGAUGUUGUUGAGCGACUUGGCUUUGAGAAUCUCACAUCUAUUCAAUCACAAGCGAUUCCCUCCAUUAUGUCCGGCCGUGAUGUGAUUGGUGUUGCGAAGACCGGUUCAGGAAAAACUAUGGCAUUCUUGAUUCCAAUGUUCCGGCACAUCAAGGAUCAACGGCCCCUCGAUAAUAUGGAGGGCCCAAUCGGUCUUGUCAUGACACCGACGCGUGAACUGGCUACUCAGAUCCACAAAGACUGCAAGCCUUUCUUGAAAGCUCUUGGUCUUCGUGCAGUCUGUGCAUAUGGCGGUGCGCCCAUCAAGGAUCAGAUUUCCGAGCUCAAGCGGGGUGCAGAGAUUGUCGUAUGUACUCCUGGGCGCAUGAUCGAUCUUCUUGCCGCAAAUGCAGGACGAGUCACCAAUUUACGGCGAGUCACUUAUGUGGUUCUUGACGAGGCGGACCGCAUGUUCGACAUGGGUUUUGAGCCCCAGGUUGUGAAGAUCAUGACCAACGUCAGACCUGAUCGCCAGACUGUCCUUUUCUCGGCCACAUUCCCCAAAAACAUGGAGGCCUUAGCCCGAAAGACGCUGAAGAAGCCGGUAGAAAUCACUGUUGGCGGAAAGAGUGUUGUGGCUCCUGAGAUCACUCAGAUUGUCGAGGUCCGCAAUGAGGAUCAGAAGUUCUUCCGUCUACUUGAAUUGCUGGGCAAUUUGUAUUCAGAUGAUGCCAAUGAGGAUGCGCGAUCGCUGAUUUUCGUAGAUCGUCAAGAAUCAGCCGACAAUCUCCUCAAGGAGCUCAUGCGCAAGGGCUACCCUUGCAUGUCCAUCCACGGUGGUAAGGAUCAAAUUGAUCGUGAUUCCACUAUUCAAGAUUUCAAGGCAGGUAUCUUCCCCGUUUUGAUCGCCACUUCCGUUGCGGCGCGUGGUUUGGAUGUGAAGCAACUUAAACUUGUCGUCAAUUAUGACGCGCCCAACCAUUUGGAGGAUUAUGUUCAUCGUGCUGGUCGAACCGGUCGUGCUGGAAACACCGGAACUGCUGUCACCUUCCUCACGGAUCAGCAAGAACGGUACUCCGUGGAUAUUGCCAAGGCGUUGAAGCAAAGUGGCCAGGAGAUUCCUGAACCUGUUCAGAAGCUGGUGGAUGCCUUCAUGGAGAAGGUCAAGGCUGGCAAAGAAAGGGCUGGCGCCUCUGGAUUCGGUGGAAAGGGUCUCGAGCGUCUCGAUCAGGAGCGCGAGUCAGCGCGUAACCGCGAGCGUCGCACCUACAAGACUGGCGAGGAAGGUGAUGAGGAGGAGGAGAAGGAAGAAAAGACAGCCCAGGAUGAAGAACGCUUCAAUAAGGCUCUCUCCUCUAUUCAAUCUGCCGCUGCUCCAGCACCUCCUCCUCAGCUUGUGGGUGUGCCUAAGGGCAUCGACCUGGAUGGCAAGAUCACAGUACACAGGACAGAGAAGCCCGCCGAUGAUGGAUCUAAGAACGCACUUGACAAGGUCGGCUCUGCCGUCGCUGAUAUCCACGCUCGUUUGAGCCGAGCUGGUGUAAUGAGAUCUGGAGUUCCCAUCGACAACCGUGGCCCAGACGCAGGCGCGUUCCAUGCCACCCUUGAGAUCAACGAUUUCCCCCAGAAAGCUCGUUGGGCCGUUACCAACCGUACAAAUGUCGCCAAGAUCCUGGAAUCGACUGGAACAUCCAUCACAACGAAGGGCAAUUUCUACGCCUCCGGCAAAGAACCCGCUACGGGCGAAGCACCCAAGCUGUACAUCUUGGUCGAGGGCGAAACAGAAAUUACCGUUACGAAUGCUAUGCGUGAGCUGAUGCGUCUAUUGAAAGAGGGUACGAUUGCUGCUGCCGAUAGCGAUGCUCGUGCUCCUACAACCGGUCGCUAUAAUGUCGUUUAG